GAGAAACUUUCAUUCAAGUUUUUCUAGUUUCAUACACUUAUUAUUUCGCCUGGGGCUACUUCUAUUUAUGUACGACAGUUUCGAAUCUGUUUAAAAUGAAAGCUCCCUUAGUUUAUGUGAAAAAAAUCGUGUAAGCUGCUGGAAUACGAUGGUACCUCAGCAGCAAAGAAGAAGACGACGAAGAGCGGCGUUACCGCGGACGUCUGAACGGAGAGUUAUUGUGGCGAGGGGACCUGGAGGCUUCGGGUUCACUAUAGCGGGCCAGCGGCCGUGUGUGGUGUCUGCAGUGGCGGCCAGUGGGCCGGCGGAGCGGGCGGGGUUGCGUGCAGGAGACGCGUUGCUGGCGGUGGACGGAGCGAGCGUCGCCAGGGCUUCGCACGCGUCUGUCGCGCGGCUGGUUGCGGCUGCACCUGGGGCUAUCGCGUUAAGUGUGGCACCGCGGGAGGCGCCGCCCACUGACACAGAAGACACGGAACCCGACGAGCGAGCUAGGACUCGGCGCCGUCACCCUCCACCACGGCGCCGCCCCAUGCCCAUGAUGCACCAUCCGGGGUGUCACGCUGCACCAAGUACAUCGGGGGUGAAUGAGAUCCUUCAGAACCUGAGCCGCGCGCAGCUGACACCGAGCCACGCGGCGCGGCUGGAGUGCAGGGCCGUCGUCGGAUACCUCGGCACCAUUGAGACGCCGCAAGCCGCGUCGACGGCCGCGCCGGGCGACGUUCGCAGCGCCGUCAGGAAGCUGAGACAGGAGCGGCGGCCCGCCACGCCCGUGCUGCUCUCAGUACUACCCAACGUGUUACUCCUCCGGCGGCCCACGGGGCAGGCUCUCGCGCAGUACUCCCGCGAGCGUAUAGUGUACGCCGGCUGCGGCUCAGACGCCGACCGCCGCUAUUUCGGCCUCGUCACCUCCGCCGAGAUGCCCGAAGCCGGCACCUCCCACAGCUGCCACGUCUUCGCCGUCGAUCCCCGAAUGGCCGAACACGAAGCACAUUUAACCAGAGCCAGGGAGUUCCAAAUCGCGUGUACUAGAGACCCCGUCGCUGAACGUUGUCUAGAGUUUCCACCGUCAGCUGAAUAUGUAGUUGGUGUCAUAAGAGGCAUGUAUUCUCUACCGCCGGAUGACAGCGGCAGUCCGACGCUACAGCAGCUGUCGAAGCUGGCUGUCAAAGACGAUAGUCCUGCGAUGGGAAACUUCUCACGGUGCAACAGAGCCGUGUUUAGAGUCCCGCGUGACAGGCGGCCGUGUCGGCACGAAGACGCCAGGUUAGAUGGACAAGAGUUCGUUGCGAACUCCCCGCAGCCGAGCAACCACAGCGAGAUAACUACUACUUCAAGUAACAGUGACUCCGGUAUCGGCUUUCACAACGACUGCAGGAACAUUGCUGAUAGAAUAUUAGUGGUAGACUUUGCGGGUCCACAGCCACCCCCGAAUAGAUUCAGGCAAGAGAUGCCUCGACGGCCUAUGGGGCUUGUUGGCUGCAGCAGCUUCGACGCGGACGGAUCAUUCCUCUCUAACACUACUCCUGUAGUGGACGGGUUCGGGGGCCAGGGGCGGCCUUUGAACUUAGACGAUGUAAUCUUGAACUCCAACGAUCUUCAGCCGGUGCGUCAUGUCAGUCCGCGGAACGACGAUGACAAUUACAACUACAACAAUGUCUACGGAAACCUUCCAUCGACCUCACGGUGCAACGGUGCAGUUUACGAUCAAGUGUAUACUGAGAACGAGAGUCACUAUGAGCUGUUGCCUCCACAGUUAGACCUGGAGUUGGAUAGAGUGGUGGAGACGUUUAAUUCCGUGGAGAUAUAUGAAGAACGGCCUCGGCAGGCGGAUUGUCACUCGAAUGAGUCGGUUGAGAAUGUGACAGUGAUAUCUGGAGGGACGAGUAAAGCGAGCAUGGAUUCAGUGUCAGUGUAUUCUUCGAGGAGUCACGAGGAGGCGCGGCCGGCGCGGCGGAGGCACCUGCAGGCGUCGUUGGAUGACAUGCUGGUGUUAGGGCUGCGAGACCCGCCCCCUGCAAGAGACAAGGACGAUGACGCGAACUUUGUGCACCCGGCCAGUAUCAAGUGCAAGGUCAGGAAAUCAAUAAAGCCGCUGAACAUCCUCUCAAGAACCCGAAACAUGCUAAGCAAAGACCGCGAGAAGAAGGACCGGCGGCGAGCCAUCAGCGCGAGCGCCGGUGACGUCACCGCGGGGGGAGGGGGCGAGCAGGACCCCCUGCCCGCGGCCGCCAGCGAGCCUGAUCUUAGAGAUACGCAGAGCGAGCAGUCGUCUCCGUUCCGCCGGUGGACGACGGGCAGUGGUGCAGGCAGCUCGUACCGGCACACUGACCAUCGCAACCUAUACACGAAGCAGCAAAUGAGCGAAGGCUCCCCCGUCGAGCCGAGCAGCAGCGCCACUGGCAGUCCUCGCGGGCAGUGGCCCAACGGUGGGGUGGCGCGCUGGUCACUCGGCUUGGAGCAGCUGCUGGCCGACCCCGUCGGCGCGGCGGCCUUCGCGGCCUUCCUCGCUAAGGAGUUUGCUCACGAGAACAUCGCUUUCUGGUACUCAUGUGAGGCGUAUAGCAAAGUGCACGACCCGGCCCAGCGGGCGAGGCUUGCCAAGGACAUUUGGGACCGCCAUUUGGCGGAGGGAGCCAUGGAGCCGGUGAACAUUGACGCCACAGCGCGUCGCGCCGCCGUCCAACGGCUCAACCUGGACCCGCCACCACAGGACCUCUUCUCUCAGCCGGUGGCUGUAGAGAUGGAGGAGAAUGAGAUGGAGAAGAUUGAAUUGAAGGAGAUUGAUUUAAAGGAGAUUGAAUUGAAGGAGAUUGAAUUGAAGGAGAUUGAGAUAGACAGUGAUGUGGAGGAAAUUGAGCUGGAUGAUAUAGUAAUCAAUGUGAUUGCCCCGGAGGCUGUAGAACUGGAAAUGGCCAAGGAUGAGACUAUAGAAUGGGAAUUAAUCAAGACGGAUGAUGGUUAUAAGUGGCAAGUGAUAAACACAGAAGAGCCGUUGGGUAUAAAGAAGCCGCCGGUGGCCAUAGAAAAGCCACCGGUGGCCAUAGAAGAUCCACCAGUGGCCAUAGAAAAGUCGCCUGUGGCCAUAGAAGAUCCACCAGUGGCCAUAAAAAAGUUGCCGUUGGCCAUAGAAGAGCCACCGAUUCCCAUAGAAAAUUCGCCGGUGGCCUUUAAAAAGUCGCUGGUGGCCACAGAAAAGCUGCCAGUGGCCAUAGAAAAUCCGCCAGUGGCCAUAGAAAAGUCAUCUGUGGCCAUAAACGAUCAGCCAGUGCCCAUAGAAAAGUCGCCGUUGGCCAAAGAAGUGACACCAAUAGCCAUAGAAAAGUCGCCGGUGGCCAUAAAAAAGUCGCCGGGGGGCAUAAAGAAGUCGUCGGUGUCCACAAAAAAGUCGCGCGUGGCCAUAGAUGAAUCGCCGGUGGCCAUACACAAGUCGUCUAGGGCCAUGAAAAAGUCGUCGGGGGCUAUAAAAAAGUCGUCUGUGGCCAUGAAAAAGUCGCACGUGACCAUAGAAGAGCUGCCGGUAGCCAUAGAAAAAUCGCCGGGGGUCAUAGAAAAGUCGCCGGUGACCAUAAAAAAGCCGCGUGUAGCCAUAAAAAAGGCGCGUGUGGCCAUAGAAGAGCCGCCGGUGGCCAUAGAAAAGUCGCCAGGGGACAUAAAAAAGCCGCGUGUAGCCAUAGAAGAGCCGCCGGUGACCAUAGAAAAGCAAGCGGUGGUUGUAGAGAAGUCUCCGGUGGUCAUAGAAAAGUCUCCGGUGGCCAUAGAAGAGCCACCAUUGGUCACGGAAAAGUCGCCGGUGACUGGAGAAGAGCUGGCGGUUGCCAUAAAAAAGCAGCCGGUGGCCAUAAAAAAGCAAGAAAUGAGGCCGAAGACUUUAGAUCUUUACAAGUCAUAUGAAUUAGUUAUGGUUGAAGUUGAGAUACAUCAGUGCACCAGGCUGCCUCGGGAGCCCAUUCCGAUUACGCCCUAUAGAAAAAAGAAAAAGAGAGAGGUAUCCCUAGACCUGGUAAUAUUUUCUUGGCUUGUCGUGUUUACCCUGGCUGAACACCGUUUUUUUUGUUUAGUAUCCGGCAGCCGCCGACAAAUAACGCGGCGGACUAAUAGACGCAGCGUAUUUGUCUACGCAAAUAAACGUCGUUCUUCUAUUGGUUGCAGUCCGCGUUGUAUGUUGCGCUGUACGGUUGCUGUUGUUGUUAAUAGAACGAUUGUUUUAUCAUUUUGCUAUAGAUGUUUCCCUUCAAGCUACCCACUUAGUCGAUGUUCCUCGUUACACUACUCGCGAAUUGCAAUUGCGAUUUUGUUUGCUAAGCGUUUUAUGCGAAUGCGUUGUGAAAGAUUAUUAUUGUGUUAUUUUCUUUGCGAAUUCAUUAUGGUCAUUGUACUGAUGUGCCGAAUUAUUAUUAUUCGUAACCUCUGUUGCACUUGGAAAUAUUCAUCUAUGUAUAAUGUUUACGUGUUAGAUCCCAAUUGUUGCGAAUGCACCCUGUGUUUAUCCUUUACUGGUUAUGACUAGAUGUAAGUGUUUAAGUGUAGGUGUGCCAUGUUCAUCAAUUUCCAAGUACAACAAAGAUUUUUCUAAAGCCUUUCAAAGUCAAUUUUCGGCACACAGAAUACUUUACGCCCGCUUGGCACUGCAGUGGAACGGUCGCUACGAAUUCAAUUAUUUUAAAAUAGUAAAUGAUAUAAAUAACCGUUGUUGUUACUCACAAAAUUCCAAGCUGCUGCUAAGUUAUCGCGCGCGACAUUAUCACCGGAUAUUUCCUUUUUGAGAAUUAGAAUCCGUUCAUCCGCCCCACGCAUUGUAAAGCGUUUCCAUUCACCGCAUCAGGUAGUGUUUAUGUUUU